AUGGAGUGUGUCAGUACAAGCUCUAUGUUAGUAUUGAUAAACAGUUCGCCAUCUAAGCCGUUUAAGAUGGAAAGGGGCCUACGACAAAGUGACCCACUUUCUCCAUUUCUAUUUGUACUUGUCAUGGAUGUCCUACAUAGGAUGUUUGAGGAGGCAUUUAGGAACGGGCACAUAUCUCCAUUGCUGGUUGGUAGAGAUCACAUUGAGCUAUGGCACUUUCAGUUUGCAGAUAACACUAUUCUGUUCUGUCCUCCAGAGGAAGAGAUCGUUAAAAAUUACAGGAGGAUCCUUCGCUGCUUUGAAUUGAUGUCGGGGUUAAGUGUUAACUUUGACAAAUCUAGUUUGAUUCCUGUUAACUGUGAUGAUCAGUGGGUGCAGCGUAUGUGCAGUGUGCUAGACUGUAAGGAAGCCUCUCUCCCAGUUAAAUACUUGGGGAUUUCGCUAGGAGCUAACCCAUGA